AUGGCGGGCUUUGCACCACCGAAUGUGACAGCACAAUUCCACUCAAAGACCAAAAUCGAAGAGAAAGUGGACUACUCAAACCUCCCUUGCCCUAAACCCUACGAAGAUAUCCACCUCGAAGCUACCAAGUCUCUAAAGCCAGAACACUUUGAGGGUUUCCGCCUCGACUACACCAAGAGGAUGAACCAUAAGUUUUCUCUUAUUCAUAGCUUACUGAUGGGAAACAGUGAACGUCCUGCUGAACGAUCUCAGCAUAUUUUCAAGACUCCAACUUCCAGUUAUGAAUUUGGUGCAAAUUUCAUUGACCCAAAGUUGAUGCUUGACGGGAGGCUCAUGAUGGAUGGUACAGUUAUUGCGAGAUUCAAUAGCGUUUUAAAGGAGAACUUCACCAUCAAGACUACUGCUCACCUGACAAAUGAGCUAGAUAAGUCGCAAGGCGUGUUCACCGUUGAUUACAAGGGGUCCGACUACAGAACUCAGUUUCAGCUUGGAAACUACAGGAAUCAGUUUGAGCCUGGAACCAGCUCCCUGUUCAGAGCUAACUAUAUUCAGCAUGUCACACCCAAGCUAUCUUUAGGUGGCGAGGUUUUAUAUCUUAGUGAGCAUAGGAAGUCGGUUGUUGGUUAUGUGGCUAGAUACGAGACUGAUAAAAUGGUUGCCUCUGGGCAAGUUGCUUCCUCUGGUGUGGCUAUCAUGAACUAUGUUCAUAAAGUUACAGACAAGAUCUCUCUAGCAGCAGAUUUCUUUUACAGCUUUAUGUUAAGAGAUGGUGCAGCUAGUGUUGGGUAUGACCUGAUGUUCAGACAGAGUCGAGUAAGAGGAAAGAUCGAUUCUAAUGGUGUUGUUUUUGCUCACGUGGAAGAACAAUUGUGUCCUGGACUCGGUUUGCUUCUAUGCGCUGAGGUUGAUCAUGUGAAGAAGGAUUACAAGUUUGGUUUGGGUGUUAAAUACGAAAGCCUCUAGAAUUUGUUUUCUUAGGCGUUGUUUAUCCUCAAAGAGUUAUCAGCUUAGGAGGCACUCCCUCUCUCUCUCACACACUCUUUGUUUAAGGUUUUAAGUGUUUUUGUGUAUUGCUUCCAAAAGAAUAUACUACUAGGCAAGAAGGUU